UAUAUGCAGAUCGAACCUCACCUGAGGGUGUCUGAAAACCCUAAAACCUGUCCCCUUCUUUUACAUCUGUCAUCACUGUCUUUAGUUAACCACAAUAAAUUGCAUUCCGAUACAGAUUGUUUGCACAUUUCUUUGUAAUUUGAUAGUUUAUAAAGAGACAAAUGAUCAGACCCUUGCAUACAAUAUUCUAUGAUAUAUUUUUAAUUCUGAUAACAUUCGAAAUGUCAAAAUCAAGUGGAAUAUAUAGCUAUAUGUAACAGUAGUUUCAAUCAUUUUGGCGUUGUGACUCAUACAUGCUUAUAUAUACAGUCUGUCAGUUCCGAAUAAUCGGAUCGUAUUCUUGAAGCUAACAUUUUAACCUAACAAAAGUUAAUUCUAAAAUACAAAAGCGUACUGUCACAACAUUUUUAGGUUUAGCUUUUGAUAUAUAGCAUUAUAAUAGUUCAGUAAAUAGGGUUGUCAUAUUCUCUUUGCAACCAUGGAAUGGCUAUUUGGAAAACGGAUUACUCCUGAGGAAAUGCUGAGGAAAAAUCAGAGAGCUUUAAAUAAAGCUAUGCGGGACCUUGAUAGAGAAAGAAUGAGAAUGGAACAACAGGAGAAAAAGAUUAUUGCAGAUAUAAAAAAGCUAGCCAAGGAUGGGCAAAUGGAUGCUGUGAAAAUUAUGGCUAAAGAUCUUGUAAGAACUAGACGUUAUGUAAAGAAAUUCAUGUUAAUGAAAGCAAAUAUUCAGGCAGUUGCUUUGAAAAUCCAAACAUUACGUUCACAAAAUACAAUGGCUCAAGCAAUGAAAGGAGUAACAAGAGCUAUGCAGAAUAUGAACAAGCAAUUAAAUCUUCCUCAAAUACAAAAAAUACUGCAAGAAUUUGAAAAGCAGUCAGAAAUAAUGGAUAUGAAAGAAGAAAUUAUGAAUGAUGCCAUAGAUGAUGCAAUGGAAGAUGAGGGUGAUGAAGAGGAAAGUGAUGCUGUCGUGUCACAAGUCCUGGAUGAGUUAGGUUUGCAACUGACAGACCAACUAUCUGGUUUACCUCAAGCAUCUGGUUCACUCAGUGUAGCAGGUUCAAAACAACCAGUUGCAGCUGCUGCAGGAAGCGAUGAAGGUGGAAAUCUUACAGAUGCAGAUGCUGACCUACAAGCUAGACUUGAAAAUUUACGGCGGGAAUAA